AUGGCUUCAUUGGGUCAUUCGCGCGCAAGUAGUGUAGCCACCGUAGGCUCACACUCUUUGGGCAGCCCAGGUGUUUUCAAUCAUGGCUCGAGACCGGGUGGUAGUAGAGGAGGCGAUUCUCCGUCAAAGGCCCCAUUUCCACACAUCGACGAUGUUAUCGCUCCCCCGCGCGACCUUGACCCGAAUAUGUCUAUUAGGAAGUUACUCGAGACGGCCGAAACAUCGUUACGACAGGCUGAGAUGGCUCGGGAUUUUCGCAGACCAACUGUUGCUCUCCAAGAAUACAUACGAGCAUCCAUCAUUGCAGUUCAGACCAUUACCAAACAUCCGGACUACAUUGAUCUCAAAGCAACCCAUAGAGAUUUUGUAAGGUCGCAUACCAAUCUGCUCACCAAGAUCAGCCAACAGGAUCCCAUCUACGCCAAAAUCAAGCACGAUAUUGUUGAGGACAACAAACGGUCCGGUGUACAGCCUCAGUCAGUUCGCUCAAGCUCCUCUCAGGGGAGCAGCCGGCCCCAAACCCCAUCGAAGCCGGCUAUUGAUGGGACUAUGUCGCCUCUGAAACCUCGAUUUGAUGGUGCUGGCAUCAAUGGUUCUCCAGCUCGAUCAAAACCAAUGAUUCAACCGAAGCCCCAAUCUCUCCAUGGAAACGCCAUCAAACCAGGCAUUCAAGGAGGGGCUGGGGCACCGAAAAGUACUUCUCAAGAUCUUGCUGCCAGAUUUGCCAACUUGAGAGGCCCCCAAGCAUCACCAGGACAGGAUCCCCGUAUUAAGACACACCAGAUAACCCUUCCGAAGCCGAAUGGACCUAGAGAGAUGCCUCCUCCUCGGCCGCCCAAGGUUGGUAUCGAUACCAAUGUGCCGACUCUACCCAAGAUGCCAGAUGCCAUCUACAGUCCUGCUCGUGGUAGUAUCUCAGGGGAAGUAACAAGGCCACCCGCCAGUACGCCACGUAACAUGUAUAACCGUACAGCCUCCACAGUCUCUAUACCUGGGACUCCUACUGCUUCAUCGCAAGUGCAGCUGGACUAUUUCCAACCGACGCAAAGUUACUCGAAUAACUCUAUUCCUCCAGUACCCCCCACCAACCUUACAGGCUCCAUCAGAAUCCCAGACGGAAACACCAUUACCCCAGAUGAAUUAUAUCAGGCCAUGAAAGCCAAGGGGAGCAUCCUGAUAAUAGAUAUUCGAAUGAGGGAUGAUUUCAACGAGGGUCAUAUCCUAUCAUCUUCGAUAAUCUGCAUCGAGCCCAGUAUCUUGCUUAGGGAUAGCCUUUCUGCGGAUGACAUAUCUGAAAGCCUAAUUCUCUCACCUAACCAAGAGCAAUUACUUUUCGAGCAACGUAACCUCUACGACUUGGUAAUUUUCUAUGACCAAGACUCUGAGGAUAUCCCACAACACCCACGGAGUUCAGAUGAUUUAGUUAUCAUCUCACUCCAUCGAGCUUUGCUUCACUUCAACUAUUUAAAAGAGCUCAAAAACACCCCCAAGAUUCUGAAGGGAGGACUGGACGCUUGGAUCGAUCUGAUGGGCCCAGCUUCCUUGGGGUCUACCAUUUCCUCAACAAAUAGACCGGCGAACCUGGAGGGGAGUCGGAACAGGUCUUCGGCUAUUGAGCGACGAAGGUCCAAAUAUAUCGUCAAACCUCUAAAGCCGGACGAAGUCAAAGCAUGGCAAGAGGCACUCAAGAACGAGGACAUACAAACGGCAUCAUCGCCUAACUUCACUCGUACCACUGAGGACUUUUUGCGAAGAUUCCCACCUGUGUCGUUAGAACAGCAGUCGAUGACUUCUCCAGACGACAAACCACCAAAGCGCCUGGUUUAUGGGUCAUCUCACAAGGUGGAUCUCUACACAGAUCUGCCUUCGCCCCCCACAAGGCCAGCUCCCGCUCUACCGCGGCGUAGCUACAGUGGUCUCACGGAGGGUCGGGAUGAGAAUGAGCUGUAUGGAAAUAACAAUGCAGUCGUGCCAGGGCGCCCUUCAAGGGCACCCACUAUGAAGGCCGUGGACCACCAAUCUACAGGUGACUCUACCAGGUUCUACACUGGGCUUAACAAUCCACACAAUUGGUGCUAUGCCAACAGUAUGCUCCAAAGUCUUCUCGCUUCACCUGAAUUCGGCAGAGAACUGGCAAACUCAGAAUGGGCUAGCAAAUACAAGGCACCGAGAAAGGAUAAUGAGAAGAGUGAUCAUCCCCAGCUUAUGAUCCGAAUUGUUUCGAACUUGUUCCACUGGAUGAAUUCGGGCAAAUUCCAGGCCAUGAAAGCUCAGACACUCAUGGACUACUCACGCCAUCUUUGCACCCAAGGCCGGAAUUUCGAACUUUUUGGUGGUCCUCAACAACAAGAUGCUCAGGAGUUCAUGUCGUUCUUGUUCACUCACCUUCAUGAUGAGACCAAUACGCGCCGAGAUCGAACGGGCAAGGAGGUCCAGCCUGAUACUACCCGUCAGAGCCUCUUGCGAGCUGCUGUUGAGGUUUGGAACAGCUACAUCGAAUUCAAUCAGUCUAUCAUCGACCGCUUCUGGCGUGGCCUGGAGUUGUCAACAGUCAAGUGCUCCGAAUGCCAGACUCGUACCUACAGGUAUACCAUGUUCGAAACAUUCCCUGUCUCAGUGGAUGUUGGUCGUGGUAUGACUCUUACGGAAGUCCUCGACGGAUAUACAGCUCCAUCGUUAAUCAGCGGCUUCGACUGCGAUCACUGCCGUCACAAGACCCAAGCUCAACAAAUAAUCUCUUUUGCCCGCCUUCCUGAUCUUCUUUGCAUCUCCUUUCGCCGCUUCCACUACAUACAGGCAGAACAAGAUGUUGUCAAGUCGACUGCGACCGUCAAAUGGGACCUCAACCACAUCGACCUUACGCGCUACUUCCUCCCUCGUAGCGCUCAGGAUGCUUCCGAGGCCGAUCUCAUGGAUCCUGGCUUUACGGGCAGGUUCCACUAUGAGACUUACGCUGUUAUUGUUCAUUCCGGUAGCCGUGUCAACAACGGACAUUACUUGGCAUAUGUGCGAGAUUCGUCGUCUCACGAUCCGUAUGCUUGGCACUGCUGCAAUGAUACACAAGUAACAAAGGUUCGCAUUGGUACUGGAGACCGUGAUGAUGCUCAGGAGGAAGUAUUCAAGUCUGGACGAGAUCGCGUUCCCUAUAUGGUUUUCCUUCGCCGCAAGGCUCAACGAUGA